AUGGCUGAAGCAAGCGCGUCUUCUGGAGAAGUCGCGCAUGCCGAUCUCUGCCCCAUUUGCCAGCUUCUUCUCUUCACGCCAGUGCGAACCCAAUGCAAUCACUUGCUGUGUGCAUCGUGCAUGGCACAAUGGGCUGAUGCAUCCACAACAAGCCAAAUCGAGCACUCCAGCUGGGAUGUUGAUCUUCGCGAUUUCGACGAAAGCUACGAUCCAACCUACGAUCUCGAGGCAAACUGCCCAAUGUGUCGCACACACACCACGGCUGCGCCAGACGAGUCGUUGGCUAGACAACUCGAGCAGAGAUACCCCACGACAUAUGCAGAAAGACGGGUGGAGGAAGAGGUCGAGAGGGGAAGCAGAGUGGGCCAGGAUGGCGUUGAAGGCAUCAUGAUUCUGAUCGGAAACAAGCAUAGGCUCGUCAGAGGAAGCGAAGAUGCGAACCAGCACGACUGGACGUUCUUCGUGCGCACUUCAAGGCCAGACCUUGUAGAAGAAGUGCGCGUAGAAUUGCAUCCUACUUUCCGUCCUCCACGUGUCGUCUUGCGCCGUGCACCUUACGAAGUCCGUCGGUUAGGUUGGGGUUACUUUACCCUUGAAGCCGAGGUCAUCCUCAAAGCGCCUUACAGCUGGGUCGUCGACAAUUCUGGAACGAGACAGCGCGACCUCGAGCUGACCUGGACGCUCGACUUUACAGGUAGAGGACGGCAAGGUAGAGUAAGGGCAAGGGUAAGGAGGCUGGAAGGACUAGGCGGAAGGACGUUACGCACAAGGCCUGCACCACCGAACAUACCCAACACAGAUGGCGAUGACGAAGAAGAUGACAGAGAUUAUGACAACAGCGAUGGCGAGAAUCCAUCUGAAGACGAAGAAGAGGAUAUUAGCGAGUUUGUCGAGCCACCAAGACGAUAG